AUACACGAUAUGUUAGCUACCGACAAAUAAACGGAAAAGAUUGAGGAAAUUGAUGGGUCAUUCUAUUCUUGGAUGACACGUUUAGAAGAUAGUAUUAUGUACAUAGUGUAGCUAGAAGAUCCUCGAUGUAUUCAAUGUCGGUGUUAUCUUGCAUAUUGUAUAUGAUUGCAAAUGUUACUGCUAUGCUUCUCUAUUGGCUCUUCCAACAAUCUCGUGAAAAACGAACUCGAAGAGACCCAGUUCAGUGCAGCUCAACAAUAGAUUCUGAUUUCCCAGAAGUUCGGCAACCAUUUCGAUACAGAAAUCCACCGUCUUUGUGGGCCAUAUUGGGAAUUGGCUCCAAAAAUUUCCAUACUUUUUUCGCUUUUGAGGAUCAUUUUAGCUCUUUCGAGGAAGUCAGUAAAGCAUGCAAACGAGCUGGCUUAGAGAAAUGUGGUUUAAUUUUCGGAAUUGACUUUAGUGCUUCUAAUGAGUGGCAGGGUCGUAAAUCAUUUGGGGGUCAAAACCUACACAGAAUAGUUCCAUCCAGGAUUUAUAAUCCUUACCAAAAAGUUAUUUCUAUCAUGGGUAAGACAUUGGAACCAUUUGAUGAAGAUAAUUUGAUUCCAGCAUACGGUUUUGGGGAUAGUGUGACAAUGGGGGAUGACAUAUUCCCAUUGAUACCAGAUGGAUCUUAUUGCGUGGGUUUUAGUGAAGUAUUAGAAAAAUAUAGUGAUAUCGCUACAAAAAUAACCUUGGGCGGACCAACAAAUUUCGCUCCAUUAAUUUACAAAGCCAUAGAAAUUGUGAAAAAUUUAAAACGAUAUCAUAUCUUAGUGAUAGUGGCAGACGGACAAGUGAAUGAAGAGCAGCAGACAAUUGAAGCCAUUGUUGAAGCUUCACAAUAUCCGCUUAGUAUUAUUGUUGUUGGUGUUGGUGAUGGCCCGUGGGAUAUUAUGGAAGAUUUUGAUAAUUGUUUACCUCAGCGUAAAUUUGAUAAUUUUCAAUUUGUUAAUUUUCAUGGUGUGACCACAAAGUGUAGAAAUCCAGAAACAAGUUUUGCAUUACAUGCAUUGAUGGAAGUCCCUGAUCAGUAUAAAACCAUGAAAAGUUUAGGUUUGGUUAAUCCAGAAACAGAGAUAAAAGUAAUGCCAGAGAAGUACAAUGAAAAACUAAUCAGUUAGGAUAUGUUUGAGUGUGCCAAAUUUUAAAUCUGUUUGCUCAAAAAGUGUCAUAGAUUGUGAUGAAAUUCACUCUAAUACGAUGUUAUGCUGCAUGUACAUCCAAACGGUAUUAUUUUUGGAGGAAUGCUGUGAGUAUUGGCAGCCAUUUGCAUUAUUUAUUGAUUCCUAGGUUGCAGUGAAAUGCACACUUGUGUCACAAUUUUGCUCUUUGAAUUGAACCAUUGUGCCUUAAUCUGAAUUGUUUCAUUUGUUAUAUACAUUUGUAAAUCCAAUUUACAUGCAUAUUAAUUCUUAUUGUUGAUACAUGUUAGCUUCAUUUAAGGCUUACAAUUUGUUGUAGAUCUGUGUUUGGGUUGUCAACUAGUCUUUUAUAUGCUCAAAUUAUAUAAUAUUUGCUUUUCAGUUUGAUUUGAACAUGUCUUACUCUCACAUCAAAUUUUUGUAUGACCAGAAUAAAACGUGGAAAAAUUGUUGCCAUUUCUAAAGGAAUUAUAAA